CCUCCCCUGUUUCCUGACUUAUACCGGAAGUAAGCGGUUGCCAUGUAAUAUCCUGAGUAAGGAGCCUGGGGAGAGGCUUUUGAGUUCUUUCCGUGAUUCUAGUACUCUCGCAGAAAUAGUGUAUCGCAGCAAUGUCUGUAGCCGGGCUUAAAAAGCAGUUUUAUAAAGCAAGUCAGCUUGUGAGUGAAAAAGUUGGAGGAGCUGAAGGGACCAAAUUGGAUGAAGACUUUAAAGAAAUGGAAAAGAAAGUCGAUGUGACAACUAAAGCUGUGGCUGAUGUUCUUGCUAAGACAAUUGAGUAUCUGCAACCAAAUCCAGCCUCCCGAGCUAAGCUGUCAAUGCUGAACACUGUGUCUAAGAUACGUGGGCAGGUGAAGAAUCCAGGAUAUCCACAGCCAGAAGGUGUUUUAGGAGAGACUAUGAUCAAAUAUGGCAAGGACCUUGGCGAUGAAUCAAAUUUUGGUGAUGCUUUGCUGGAUGCUGGGGAGUCAAUGAAAAGGUUGGCAGAAGUGAAGGAUUCUCUAGAUAUUGAAGUGAAACAAAACUUUUUGGAUCCCCUACAGAAUCUAUGUGACAAAGAUUUGAAAGAGAUACAGCACCAUCUAAAAAAACUGGAGGGCCGGAGGCUUGAUUAUGACUACAAGAAGAAGCGUCAAGGAAAAAUACCAGAUGAAGAGCUGAGACAGGCUUUGGAAAAGUUUGCUGAGUCAAAAGAAGUAGCCGAGACAAGCAUGAUUAAUUUGCUUGAUACAGAUGUGGAACAGGUUAGCCAAUUGUCAGCCUUGGUGGAAGCACAGCUAGACUAUCACAGGCAAGCUGUGCAAAUAAUGGAUGAACUUUCAGACAAGUUGAAGGAUCGUGUGAAAGAGUCCUCUUCCAGACCAAAACGAGAGUUCAAACCUAAGCCACGAGAAAGCUAUGAAUAUACUGAAAAUGAACAAUCCAAUGGUGGCUUCUGCAACUCGUCCAACAAAGUACCAGCUUCAUCAUCUUUCCGAAGCGAAAAGCCUGCAAGGACUAAUAACCGCAGUUCAGCUCCCUUGGAUCAGCCAUGCUGUAAAUCUCUAUAUGACUUUGAACCUGAGAAUGAUGGAGAACUAGGUUUCCAUGAGGGUGAUAUUAUUACGCUUACCAAUCAGAUUGAUGAGAACUGGUAUGAAGGAAUGAUUAAUGGCCAGUCCGGUUUUUUUCCAGUCAACUACGUUGAGAUCCUGGUUCCAUUGCCUCAAUGAAUUCCACUUGGAUUUGUUUAAUAGACUACAUUAACACUAAGGACCAAAAUUAUAAGGAACUAUAAGCACCUAGUUCCUGUUUUGAAGAUCUCUCUGGAAGAGAAUGUCUUUUUAUUCAGUUUUAUACUUUAGUGGCCUGUUAUUUCAGGACGCCAGCCAUAAAGUACAUAUUUGUCCGUCCAUUUAGUACCCCAUCAUUAUUUGUCAUUCAAGAUCUGGCUUAAAAACUAUUCUAGUAAAUCACUACUUCAGUUACUAUAGUGAACACUAGUAAUUUACUACGUCAGUUACUAUAGUGAACACUAAGUGCCCCUUACAUACAGUUGUCGGGUAGUUUACAAUAUAUUUAAGUCUAACCAGAAUGUGAUUCUAUUCAGUUCUUUAAGUGGCUUGGAUAAUUCUAAAACACUGGUUAUUCUUGGCCUCUAAAAAGAACCCUGACCAUAAGCACAGUUGUUAAUGGGUUAUAUCCCAUUGAGUGGGUCAGGACUUUUUCAUUGUCUUUUUACAAAAUAUGUUUCUCUUGAAUACUUUUGCUGCAAAAAUAUGUGGUAGCAACUAAGGUGUUAACCUUCUUUUCCUGCUUAAUAUCUAUGUAUAUGUAUAUUAUAUAUAAUCUUUAUAUUCUAUGUUACAUCAUGUAUAUUGGUGCAGUUAUGUAUUUUAGUCUAGAAUUAACAUUGUGAAUAUACAGAGACCGUGGAUUUGCUAGGUUUACGUCUGUAUCUCUUUAAAUGACCAGUAAUACCAAAAAAUGAGAAUUAAUGAUUUGAGUAUACAUACCUUGUUUCUUUACAGAACAUGUAAAAAUAUUUCUCAUUAAGUGAAAGUCAUGGCUGUCAGUAUUUUCAAAUAUUGCGUAAAUCCAUUCUGCAUAAUGUAUUCAGUGGAAUGAUUAAUGUGUAAUCAUGACUUAAGUUCACAAUCAUGAAAUUUCAGCAAGAGCACACUUACACCUACUACAGAUCAUUAACUGCAUUUGAUAGGUAUCCAGUUUUAAAGGCGUUGCAUAUUAACUCUAUGCUCUGUGAUGCAAUUUAUUCUAAUAAUAAUGCUACACCUAA